AUGACCUCGCACGAAGGCACGACGCUCAAACAGAAGAUCCCCGCUCAGGACCAGGAUCUGCCUGGUCUUCAAAAAGAUAUGAGCCCCGAGCCCUUCGACACCAAGCUCGAGACCGAUAGUGGUCCUAAACCUUAUACUGGGAUAGGGAAACUUCGAGGAAAGAAAGCCCUCAUAACCGGGGGAGACUCUGGGAUUGGACGGGCGGUAGCGAUCCUGUUUGCUCGUGAGGGCGCCGACGUCACCAUUGUCCACUUGCCCGAGGAGCAGCAAGACGCCAAUGACACAGUUCGGGCGAUCCAGCACGAGGGGCGGCAGGCGCUCUCCAUCGUUUUCAACCUCGAGGACUUCCAGAACGCAGAUGCCGUCAUUAAAGCGCACGUUGGGAAGUUUGGGCGCAUCGAUGUCCUCGUCAAUAACGCGAGCAAGCAAGCGAUGGAGAUGAACUUCGCCGACAUCGAUCUCGACGUUGUGGAGAGCACCUUCCGCAGCAACAUUAUCCAGAUGUUCGCUGUGACGAAGUAUGCUCUGCCUCAUAUGAGUCGGGGUUCGAGCAUCAUCAACACGACAUCCGUGACGACGUUCAGGGGUUCUGCAGGGAUGGUGGACUACGUCGCGACCAAAGGUGCCAUAGUCGGCUUCACGCGUUCGCUCGCAAAACAGCUAGAGCCUCACGGAAUUCGAGUGAAUGCGGUUGCUCCGGGUCCGGUGCAUACGCCCUUGCAGCCAGCUUCCCGGCCGGCAGAACAGAUGGAAGGAUUCGGUGAGAAGACGAGCAUCGGAAGGGUGGGACAGCCGUCAGAGGUCGCGCCCAGCUAUGUCUUUCUUGCGAGUGCAGAGGCAGAGCUGUACUAUGGCCAGAUAUUGCACCCUUACCCUUUGGGCGAUUAG